CUUAAAGGGAACAGGGGCAGGCAAUCCAGCGUAGCACUUUCACUUUGAGCGGCGCCUGUGUCUGAGUGGAGAACACAAGGAGUGACCAGAGGGAGAGGAGGGUGGCCCGCGUCUCUGCCGCUUUAUCCACUAAGGAACCCAGGAGCUACUGAAAUUUAGGAAGAUUCAAGGUCUGUAGUGCAAAAAAAGAAGGAGGGGAGACAAAAAAAAAAAGCUCUUGAAAACGAAAGAAGGCUGCAGCCUCUCUGGGAUUUAGAGGGAAAAUCCAAAGUGAAAGAGAAUGAUGGCUUGUGGAGAUUAAUGGGUCAUAUUUUGGAAAGUACCAGAGGAAACCAGAAGAAAAUGCACUGAGGGAUGUGAGCAAGGGGACUGAACAUCGACCGCUAAGAGAGAGGAAAGGCAGAAGCGUGCUCUGUCAGAGACCUCAACAAACCACAGAGGGGGAAACUUUGCCUUUCACAGAGUGACACAGCUGAAGAGUGAUUGCUGUCAACAAGAGAAAUGGAGAAGUGUCCAUUCUUAGAAAGAUAAAAUGCCAGGUCUACUUUUGCUGCUGCUCUUCAUCGUCCAAUGUGGUGGAUGCAACAUUGACCUGAAAGGUGUUGGAAACAUAAAGGCAACAAUCGAUUCUAAUCCAAAUGGAUUUCGGUCUGUAUUCCCUAAAGAUUAUCGUGUAGUGCACUACUACACUCGAAGCAUGCUGUGCGAAACUGAGCCGUGUUGUGUGUUUUCGGCAGCAGUGGUUCUCGUAGAGUCCUGGCAUGUGCUCCUCACAAACCUUUGGGAUCAGCAUCUCAAUUACACCUUCAUCUUAGAGCUGAAGCAGACACUGGAUACAAUUGUUGAAAAGAACAAAAAUAUAGAGAGUUUCAAGGAGGAGACGGAUUUCAAGCAGUACCCAUUAUUGUCUUCCUCCCCAGAAGAACUAUUAAAUCUAACGUCAGAACUUUUUGCUCGGUGGCUCCAGGUGGGUUGCUCACCUUCAAUUGAAACUUGUUUCCCGCCCACGUUGCCCCCGUUUUUUGAAAGGAAGGACUACGGUCCGGUGAGGGGCAAACUAUUGACCACUCGAGCCAUCAGACGCGUGGAAGACCAACCUGAAAAAAUGAUAGACAAUAAACCUCCAUCGUCCUGUGGAAGAUCUCGAUCCCGGCCUUGUCCUGCAGCUUUCUGGAGCCCCUUGUUAUUGUUGUUGUUAUUUGGACUCUACUGGUAGCAACUUUUUUUGUUUUUUUUAUUGCACAAUAAUGACAUUUUUACCUGGCACUGAAUGAAUUAUUUUUGAGUUUUGAUGCAGUAAGCUUUGCUAAAAUGAAGUGAUAUGCAUGAGCUGAAUUAAAUGCCAAACGUCAGCUAACUUUGCUCUUGUUAUAUCAAAUAUAUAUUAAACCUUAUAGUCACUCUCUUGGUUGAAAAAAAAGCCACAAGCUCCAGCUAAUUGUGCUUUCCUUGCUAACGAGAGAUCCAAACUGAGCUAGUCGGUGCACAUAAGCCAUUCUCUGUGGUUGCCUCACUGUUUACAAAUGAAUGUUGUGAGAGUUUAUUCCUGUAAGUAAAUGUAAGUUAAAGACUUUUAGGUAUAGUAGCAUUUGGUUUAAAUUAGAGUGAUCCAGUAACUUAUAUUUAUUAUUAUGGUUCUUUUGUUGUUUGUCUAAGAUGGAAGAGUGCGUUGGCUCUAGGGAAUGAGCUGAAAAUCUGAGGGCAAUAGUUUAGCAUUUAUCAGACAGUAAAUGUUACUGCAUGGAUCAAUGCUCUGUUACUGAAACAAUAAAAUGCUUCUUUUCAUA